GUCGCUCCUAUGGAUUGGUGAAUGGAAAUCGCGGCCCUACCACCAUUCUAGACGUAAGGCAACACGGUUCGUUUACUGGAAGAAGUCACAUCUCAUCAUUGUCGGGUUCGUAUCUAUGCAUGCAGUCACGUCCAUAUGUGCUGCGCCGCUGGAGAAUAGGCAGGCACAAUGUAACCAUUCCGGGUCUAGACUUGGCCAAUUGUGAGGAGGAUCGUAUAGACGACACUCAGCUGAAGCUCAGAUUCAUACAUAUAUCUCAUGAUCUUGGCACCAUGCCUUCAAAAUGUUAAUUCCCGUAGUAGGUGACAAGAUAUCUGUGUUCGUAUUACCUAGUAACUAUUCAUAGCCAUACCGAAGGUACCUAGCAUUUAUCUGGUCGAUAAAUUUGUAUCCGAGCAAAAGAAAAUGACUCGGCCGAAGAAACUCAUCCUCACGGCCCUCCUCACGGUGCCCGUCCCCGCCGCGUUCGCGAUCCCGGACCCGAUCAUCUGCGAGGACACGCUCGACGGCUCGUCGCCAUUCAACGUGAACGACGUGCCAUGCCUGCUGGGAUGCGGGGCUCCCAUCGCCGUCGCCACGGGUAGCCUGCUCCCCGGCUCCGUCAACGAGACGGCGAUCCCGUACUGCCAGCUCGACUGCGUGCACACCGCGGCGACACCGGAGCAGAGCAGCGCCGCGCCUGGGUGCUAUAGCGCGUGCCACGUGAUGAACCAGGCUACGCCGGAGAAUGUGGGCUGGUGCAUGUUCUGGUGCGUCGAGGGGUACAGCGAGUUGGUGACUCGCACGGCGUGCGUGCCGAGCUUGGAGUACGGGAGCGUGGUUACGACGACGAUUGAUGGGAUGACGGUUACGGAGAGGCCUUUCACCGAGCCGUCUGAGUGGUCUAGUUGGUAUUUGACGCAAACCGUGUUGUCGAGGUCGGGGGUUGAUGGUCAGGCUGUUACGGCGACUCCGGGGCCCUCGGUCACGGCUACGCCGUCGUCUACCGUGGCUUCGAAGACAUCAGCUACGCUAUCUCCUUCGACAAGCGGUGAGGUCCCGCAGGAGACGUCGACAUUGGGGUCGGUUGUUGAUGUGGAAUCUGCAGUGGACUCAGCGUCGGGAGGGCAGAGCGUUGUAUCGACUACUACAACUGGAGCGGGUUGUAUGACGAUGGUGAGUUUGCUGCCGAUGCUAGGCGUUGUAGGUGUCAUGGUAUUGCUGUCAUAGAUAGGACAGUGGUUAUAUAGGUUCCGGGACAUCCGAUAGUAAAGCUUCUAAGCUAGAUAGCAUUAGAAGCUAUGGAUCAUCAUUAGGUAGUUAUCUGAUACUCGGCCUCUCAUGGGCGUCAUAUUGUAGGGAUUAUCUAUAGUAUCUAGUUAGCAGAAGUCAAGCUCCACGCAAUUCUCAUAUAUGGGCUUCGCAAUGAAACGUGUGAUUCCAUGGCCAACAACGGCAAUACUAACUUGAAAGC